AUGUUUGAAGAGAAGGGACCAUCAUGGCGGAGCGGCGAGGCCGAGAGGAAGAAGAGGAGGCAGAGGAGGCCCGGCGCUGCAUCAUCCACAGCCCCCGGCCCGUCCGGAGAGUACCGCAUCGGGCAGGUGUUGGGGAGUCUAUCGGGGGCCCGGCGGGCCCGGGGCAGAGAGGGGGCCUUGGCCUCCCUCUUCCACCUGCCCCUCGCCCCGGCCCAGCCCCUCUACCUGCCCGCGCCCACGGAGGCCACCAGGAAAAGGAAAGAGGAAGAGGAGGCCGAAACCCCGACGGCCUCCGCCGGGGAGCCGGGACCGCUUCGGAAAAAAGCCAAGAAGAAAAAGAAGAAGAAGAACCCGUCCCUUGCAGACCAGAGGAUAGCAGACAGGGAGAGUGCCCUGGCCCGUGCCGACGACGAAGAGGAAGAAAGGGAAACCCAGGCCACGGAGAAGCGGAAAGGAGGGAGUUCUCGGGCCGGAGGGGAAGCCGGGGAUGCGGGCGGCAAAGCGUCCGACUCGGAAGUGGAGCGCUUAAAGAAUGACAGAACGGUCUUCGUCGGGAACUUACCCGUCUCCUGUAAUAAGAAGAAACUCAAGUCGAUUUUUAAGGAGUACGGGCCGAUAGAAUCCGUUCGAUUCCGCUCCGUGAUCCCGGCGGAGGGCAUUGCCACCAAAAAGCUAGCGGCCAUCAAGCGGAAGGUCCACCCUGAACAGAAGAACAUUAACGCUUACGUUGUUUUUAAGGAAGAAAGUGCCGCCACAAAAGCCCUGAAAAGAAACGGCACCCAGAUCUCGGACGGCUUCCGCAUCAGGGUUGACCUCGCGUCUGAGACGUCUUCUAGGGACAAGAGAUCGGUAUUUGUGGGGAAUCUCGCCUACAAAAUCGAAGAGGCCUCGGUCCAGGAACACUUCUCCGACUGCGGCCAGAUAAUAGCCGUGCGGAUCGUGCGAGACGGCGUCACCGGAGUGGGCAAGGGGUUUGGCUACGUGUUGUUUGAGAAUACAGACGCUGUGCAGCUUGCCCUGAAACUAAACAAUUCGGAAUUGAUGGGAAGAAAACUCAGAGUUAUGCGUUCGGUGAAUAAAGAAAAAAUAAGAGCAAGUCCAAACCCGAACGGGAAGGACUUGGCUGCGCCAGAGCAGAGAUUCAGUCCUCUGAAAAAAACGGGACAUUUGGAACACGCCUUUUCCGGGGAAAAAGCAGUUCCUGGGAAGAAGAGGAGGAAGAAAAAGAAGGGACAGAAAACGGGAAAUCGAAAGCAAGUGGAAAAACCCAAAUGACGAUGCCUGGCUCGGAUGCUUCAAUAAAGCUGGUUUGUCGUCA